ACAUCAACUUUUGUGCAAGAAGCAUCUUCUUCUCGGAUCACAAUUACCUUUUCCCUCUUCAUGAAUCACUCUCAAAGAUUAAAAGUCGACCAAUCCCCAAGUAUCAAUCCAUAACAUGCGAGCAUCACUUUAUUAGUUGGCCCCAACAAGAAACAACCGACAAGAAAUGGGUCAACUCAAAAGAUCAUAUCAUUAACAUUUCCCCCCUCGAGAAAGAGAGAGAAGAGGAUCAAGCUCCUUGUUCUUGUUUCCUUUCUUCUUCUUCGUCUUCUCGGAUUAUCGACAGAAGAUCAUAUUCUGCUGCAAAACUCAUGUCAAAACAGACCUACCGAGUGUGCUUCUGCUUCCGCAGGAGGUUCAAGCUCCAUGUGGCGGAAGCGCCGGACGAGAUCAAGAGCCUGUUUGUGCGAUACUCAGAGAAUGGGACCAUGACUGUCGAUCAUCUCCACAGGUUCUUGACCGAAGUUCAGAAGGAAGAGAGAGCCACGAGAGAGGACGCACAGGCCAUAGUGGACAGCCUACGUGAGCUCAAGCAUCUUAACAUACUUCACAGGAAGGGCCUCAGCUUUGAAGCCUUUUUCAGAUACCUAUUUGGUGAUAUCAACCCUCCUCUCUCUCCAAAUCAAGGGGUGCACCAUGACAUGGAUGCCCCUCUGUCUCAUUAUUUCAUAUACACAGGCCACAAUUCAUAUCUAACGGGUAAUCAGAUAAGCAGUGAUUGCAGCGAUGUUCCGAUCAUCCAAGCGCUCCAGAGAGGCGUUAGAGUGAUUGAAUUGGAUUUAUGGCCAAAUUCAUCUAAGGACAACAUCGAUGUUCUUCAUGGAGGGACUUUAACCACUCCAGUGGAACUUAUAAAGUGUCUGAGGUCUAUUAAGGAGCAUGCGUUCGUCACAUCCGAGUAUCCGGUCAUCAUAACCUUGGAAGAUCACAUCACUCAGGAUCUUCAGGCCAAAGUGGCCGAGAUGGUCAAUCAAACCUAUGGAGACAUGCUGUUUUGUCCCGGAUCGGAAUGCUUAAAGGAAUUUCCUUCGCCGGAGUCACUCAAGAAGCAUAUCAUAAUAUCGACAAAACCGCCUAAGAGGUAUCUUGAGGCCCAAGAAACCAAGGAAAAGAAAAUUGAACAGCAAAAGAGCAAGGCCUCGACCGAUGAAGAGGCUUGGGGUAAAGAAUUACCCGAACUCAAAGUGGGGGACUCUGCAGCUGGUGAUUCGAACGGUUCUGAUGAAGAAGACAAUAAUCAUGAGGAAGUACUCGAUGACGGUGAUAAAGCACAACGAGAUGUGGUGCCAGCAUAUGUGAGGCUUAUAGCUAUCCAUGCAGUGAAACGAAAGGGUGGACUGAAAGAUUACCUGAGGGUUAAUCCUGAUAAAGUCACACGCCUGAGUUUAGAUGAGCAAAAGCUCGAAAAAGCAGUCGCUGCCCAUGGGAAAGACCUUAUCAGGUUCACCCAGAGGAACUUGCUGAGGGUAUUCCCAAAGUCCACGCGCAUAGACUCGUCAAACUACAAUCCAAUGAUCGGGUGGAGGUACGGAGCUCAAAUGGUCGCGCUCAACAUGCAGGGACAUGGAAGACCACUCUGGUUAAUGCAUGGAAUGUUCAGAGCAAAUGGUGGCUGUGGUUAUGUCAAGAAACCAGAAUUCCUAAUGAAAUCUGGCCCGGAUAAUGAAAUUUUCGAUCCCAAGGCCAAACUUUCAGUGAAAACAACUUUGAAGGUGACUGUGUAUAUGGGAGAAGGAUGGUACAACGAUUUUCAUCGUACGCAUUUCGACGCAUACUCACCUCCGGAUUUUUACACCCGGGUAGGAAUUGCCGGAGUUCCAGCUGAUACUGUCAUGAAGAAAACGAGAACGCUGGAAGACAAUUGGACACCGGUUUGGAAUGAAGAAUUCGAGUUUCCUUUAACUGUUCCGGAACUGGCCUUACUUCGGAUCGAAGUUCAUGAGUAUGACAUUUCGGAAAAGGAUGACUUUGGAGGCCAAACAUGCCUACCAGUAUGGGAGCUACGAAGAGGGAUACGAUCGGUUCCGCUCCAUAACUACGAGGGAGAGAAGUACCGAUCCGUGAAGCUUCUUAUGCGCUUCGAAUUCGUUUGAAUUUGUCGCCGGAAUCACCAGUAAAUAUGAGUCGGAUUCUGUAAAAGGCUUUCCUGAAACUUUUGAUUGUUGGUGUGAACGUGGUAUCCUGUAUCCUGUGACCGGCAAUUCACUGCUGGAAAUACAUGUGCAACGAACGUGUGGUUAAGAAUCAUCCAAACCUGUUAGUUUGUUCAA